AUGGGUUGCUGGUCCGAGGACCUUCCUCUGGACGUGCUCUCGCUCAUCUCCACUUUCCUCACCAAAAACUCCGACUACAUCCGGUUCCGAUCCGUCUGCGUCUGGUGGCGACGCGCAGCAGCAGCCGAGCCCCGCCAUCUCCCUCUCCAGCAGCUACUGCUGAUCCGUCCCAACAUCCGUCCCAACACCGUCAACAGUGCGAAUCGAGGCUUCUGCAGCCUCUCCACCAAAAAAACCCACUGGAUCCAGCUCCCGGAAACCCUCCAGAAGCGGUGUUGCGGCUCCUCCCAUGGCUGGCUGGCCUUCGUCGACCGCAGCCCCGACGUUUUCCUCUUCAAUCCACUCACCAGAGCUCGGAUCGACCUCCCGGCCAUAACGACCCUCGACUGCGUGGACCAAGCUUCUAAACGUCGGGACGAGUACCGUGUUCGAUACCGAACCGGCCGCGAGGAGGUCCGUUGCUCAACAUGGAUGCGCGACUACUGCAUUGGAAAGAUCGUUCUAUCCUCGAGUCCGCAUGCAGGUGUUCCUUGGACCGCCAUGGCCCUUCUCGGUUUAACAGGCGAUAUCAUGCUCUGGAGGCCUGGGGACGCGAAUUGGACCGUCAUCGUUCGAAGAGCGCCUACACUUGAUAUCGCUUGCUGCAACGGGCUGUUUUAUUCUUUCGACCGCGCCGGAAAACUUGCGGCGGUGGAUGCUGAUCCCUCCGCCGAUGCCAAAGCGACCGACGUCAUGGGUGGCUUGUCCGCCUCAAUCUGGUACAAGAACUACCUGGUGGAGUCCGGUGGCGAGCUCUUGUUGGCCGUCCGGCAUGAAUAUGAUUUGGACGCCCGGCCCGGUUGCAAGACCUGUUGUUUUGACGUUUGCAAGCUGCUCGAUCUGAAGGGAAAGCCCAAGCGCUCGAUGGUGAAGAGUUUGGGCGACCGAGCAUUGUUCCUGGGAAAAAACCAUUCCUUCUCCCUGUCCUCCGCCGAUAUUCCUGGAUGCAGAGGAAAUUGCAUCUACUUCACCGACGACUUGCUGGGCUACGUGCAUGGCCACAUCCGAGGACAUGAUUCACGCAGAUGCAGCAUAGAAGAUGAUAGCAUACGGCCAUCGCCAUGCCCCCCUAUUGCUUCCUGCGAGCUUUGGUCGCCACCUGUUUGGAUUACCCCUAAUUUGCGCUAGACGUUAUCGAGGCUUCGGAAUUUCAGUUAGAGUUAUACUUUU